AUGGUCACUCUCAGUCUAUCGACCAGGCUUGAUGAGCUGCAGCGAGAAAUCUCCGAAAAGAACGAAGCCCUGCAAAGGCUGACGGCGAGUAUUGACAAUCAGUCCAUCAGCAAGUCUGAGAUGGACCAAGUGUUGAGCGAGAAGGAGCAGAAGCUCGGCGGGCUCACCUCGGAGCUGGAGAGUUGCAUCAGUCGACUUGGCGAGCUUCAGGAACAGAGAUGGUGGAGAAACUUCGCUCCCCUCGAGGAAGACAACCAAACGUGCAAACACAAGCUCGACAGUCAAAGGGAGGAAUUCGAAAGGGUGAACGACGAGAUUAUCAAGAGCAAAGAGGAGAGUCUGAAGGCAGCUGAGGAGAAGUCAUCUGCGGAGAGCGCUCGGAAAGUCUCGGAGCUGAAGAAGAAAGCUGAGCAGAAAAUUGCUCAGAUUAAAAAACAGCUCACCUCGCAGCUCGAGGAGAAAGAGCAGGCGAUCAAGGCUCUUCAGGCGGGUCUGGAGGAAAUCAAGAGCAAUGAAGCGUCCGGCAAACAACACACAGAAACGCUAGAGGAGAAAACAAAAGCUCUCGAGGAAGCGCUCGUCAUGCUUAAGGAAGAGCAGGAGAAAGAACUUGAACGGAUUCUGAGUUCUGAGAGGCUCGAGAAAGAAAAGUCUUUAGAGGAACUGAAAAACGUGUACGAAGAGAAGCUGUCCUCACUCCAGAGAGAUGCG